AUGAUAAUGUAUCAGUCGCUGAAGAUAUUGUUCACCCCGUUGUAAAUUUUGCUGAUCCCACACAAUAUGAUGGAGAUGAUAGUGUAUCAGGCACUGAAGACAAUAAUCAAGUAGCUGUGGAUUCUGAUGGUAGUGGAGAUUUAUUUAUUACCAGACAUGUGCAAGCUGUGAUAAGGAAUGAAGAUGAUUUUAUACUUGAGGAAGAAUUAGAUCCGGAUAUGGUCAACAUGAUGGAAAUAGAUAAUCGGAGACGAGAAGUAGAGAUACAAAAUAUUCCUUUUGUGCAAGUACCUAUAAAUCUUCCUUUGCCACCAAACAGCAAUAUAUGUGUAGUGUGCAAAGAUUUAGAAAGAACACAUGCCUUGAUCCCAUGUGGCCAUAAAGCAUUAUGUGGUAAUUGUGCCGAAUUGUUGCACCCAAAGCGUUGUCCAUCGUGCAAAGCGAAUUUCAGUUCAACUCUACGUAUUUGGUCAUAAUGUUCACUGUUUUUAAUUUUUCUAAUAACUACUACUAUAAAUUGAAUUUUAUAUU